AUGCAGACAUUUGCUCAUUACUCUGGGACCCAGGGGUAUUCCCUUUCUCUUAAUCUUAUUAAUAUUUCACUUCAGAAGCAUUUCCUGUGUUGUGAAAUUUUUCUCAGAGGCUUCUUUAAUUGGUUUAGAUUUUUAAUGGAUUUAGUCACAUAAAAGCCAAUGACUCCCAAAUUCUUAAGUCCUGUCCCAUCCCAAUACCUGAGGCAGGGAGAAAAAUAUAAAUGACCAUCGUUCCUAAAUCUGAUAGCUCAGUGGAUACACCCGGGGAGCUUUUAAAAUUAAGAGACGCUCCCAAGCACAACUCUACAGCAUCAGAAUUUGUUUUCUUGACGAUCACAGACGAUCAAGACAGAAUUCUUCCAUCAGUGGUGGACGUGGGGCGGGACUCCACUCGGUCUUUCUGUCCUCUAAGUCUUCUAAUUUUUUUCCCAGUAAUCCGCCCUCCCGUUCUCCUUCUUUGGCCCAUCCCUCUUCUAGUCUUUCCCUGCUCCCCUGCACCAACCUUUCUGCGUCCCGUCCCCUCCCAUCCCCUCCCAUUCCCCUACCCCACCCCACCCCACCCCACGUUUCCCGCCUCCCGCGCCUCUCCCGCUUUCCGCCCCCUCGCCUCUCCUCCCCUCCCACCCGCACCUCCACCCCCUGCCUCUCUCCUGCCCGCCCCGCCCCCUCUUCCGCUCUACGUCCCUCCUCACCCAUGCGCACUCUCUUCAACCCGCUGCUUCCGGCGGCCUAGGCUUACGUUUACUUUGCGCCGGAAAGAGAACCUGUAAACGCUUUCGGAAUUAUGGCGGCGGUGGAUAUCCGAGACAAUCUGCUGGGAAUUUCUUGGGUUGACAGCUCUUGGAUCCCUAUUUUGAACAGUGGUAGUGUCCUGGAUUACUUUUCAGAAAGAAGUAAUCCUUUUUAUGACAGAACAUGUAAUAAUGAAGUGGUCAAAAUGCAGAGGCUAACAUUAGAACACUUGAAUCAGAUGGUUGGAAUCGAGUACAUCCUUUUGCAUGCUCAAGAGCCCAUUCUUUUCAUCAUUCGGAAGCAACAGCGGCAGUCCCCUGCCCAAGUUAUCCCACUAGCUGAUUACUAUAUCAUUGCUGGAGUGAUCUAUCAGGCACCAGACUUGGGAUCAGUUAUAAACUCUAGAGUGCUUACUGCAGUGCAUGGUAUUCAGUCAGCUUUUGAUGAAGCUAUGUCAUACUGUCGGUAUCAUCCUUCCAAAGGGUAUUGGUGGCACUUCAAAGAUCAUGAAGAGCAAGAUAAAGUCAGACCUAAAGCCAAAAGGAAAGAAGAACCAAGCUCUAUUUUUCAGAGACAACGUGUGGAUGCUUUACUUUUAGACCUCAGACAAAAAUUUCCACCCAAAUUUGUGCAGCUAAAGCCUGGAGAAAAGCCUGUUCCAGUGGAUCAAACAAAGAAAGAGGCAGAACCUGUACCAGAAACUGUAAAACCUGAGGAGAAGGAGACCACAAAGAAUGUACAACAGACAGUGAGUGCUAAAGGCCCCCCUGAAAAACGGAUGAGACUUCAGUGAGUACUGGACAAAAGAGAAGCCUGGAAGACUCCUCGUGCUAGUUAUCAUACCUCAGUACUGUGGCUCUUGAGCUUUGAAGUACUUUAUUGUAACCUUCUUAUUUGUAUGGAAUGCGCUUAUUUUUUGAAAGGAUAUUAGGCCGGCUGCGGUGGCUCACGCCUGUAAUCCCAGCACUUUGGGAGGCCAAGGCGAGUGGAUCACUUGAGGUCAGAAGUUCAAGACCAGCCUGACCAAUAUGGUGAAACCCCGUCUCUACUAAAAAUACAAAAAUUAGCCAGGCGUGAUGGCGGGCGCCCGUAGUCCCAGCUACUCGGGAGGCUGAGACAGGAGACUUGCUUGAACCCGGGAGGUGGAGGUUGCCCUGAGCUGAUUAUCAUGGUGUUGCACUCCAGCCUGGGCGACAGAGCGAGACUUUGUCUCAAAAAAAAAGAAAAGAUAUUAUUCCCAUCAUGAUUUCUUGUGAAUAUUUGUUAUAUGUCUUCUGUAACCUUUCCUCUCCUGGACUUGAGCAACCUACACACUCACAUGUUUACUGGUAGAUACGUUUAAAAGCAAAAUAAAGGUAUUUGUAUAUAUUGCUUCA